AAAUAAGUUUUGUUUUUAAAAAAUCGGGGGUUGUGUAUUUUGUUGAUAUUUUUUUCUUCAAAAGUUGUUUAGGAAUAAUGUAAAAUACUUUUCUAUAGAAGAUAUGGAAAUUGUUAUUGAUAAAUCUCCCGAGUUAAUGAUUGAAGCUGAAGAGGCUCCUUUGGGUGCUACUGUCGUGAGUACACUCACAGAUAAAGCUCCCGAACUGCCGGUCAAAACUGAAAAUAUCCGUAAAAGCUCCAUCUCUGUGACAGAUUUUAAUAUUCUUCAACCUCCCGAAGUUCACCCGGAAAAUGCUUCAACGAAGUCAACCUGCAUGCCUCGCAAAGGGUCAGCCGAUUUGUGUCCUGAUGCCAAGAGUGAGUCCAAUAUUAAGAGAGUUGAUUCUUAUUCAAAAUUUGGAGUUAUGGAGACUGUUCCAUUGGAAAUUGUUCCUGGCGAAACUGCAACUGUAGCUUCGGAAAAUGUGGAAGCUUUAGAAAAAACUGAGAAGCUGUCUUUGCAACUGCGUUCUUUGAGCAUGAAUGAGAACAUUUCUCAGUCUGAGCUCCAAAAUGAUACGUUUCAGGGGAAACCACAUUCUGCAUCAGAUUGUGAGACUAAUGUAUUGAGCAAAUAUUUUAAUUUGAAUAAUGAAACAAGAAAUGAUGUCAAUGCAGAUGGAAUUGCAUUUUUUAAUGCUCUAGCAGAAAAUUCUAAAGAUGAAAAACUAAAUCCGGAAUCAUUCAUUAAUUCAGCAGUGAAAGAUACAUCCGAAAGCGACAUAAAGAUACAGAACUUGGCAAAUCAAACUGAAACUGGCUUUAAAAGUUAUGAAGGAGACUCUGCAGCUAAAGUGACAACUGAAGAAGUUCAACAACCAAUUCUACUAAAAUUUUUUGCCGAAGAUAAAAGUGGAACUGAUAAAGACGGGAAACUGUUUUUUGACAAAAUUGCAGAAGAAAAAUCCCUUGCUGAUAACGUACUGGAUAAAAUUAAAGACACCAGUUUGACACUUAAUUCCAUAGAAAGCAACUUUUUGGGCUCACCUUCUUUAAACAGCGAAGCGGAAGAGGCAUGGAUACCGUCCGAAAAGACUCGUCAAGUACUAGUAUCUAUUAUCACUUCUGUCACUUUUAUUCCUGACCAGACCCUGUUGACCAUGCCAGGAGUUAUACUUGAUGAAGAAUUGGAAGAUCCCGUGAAGGCACUUUUGAUCGAGUGCAACUCACCCGAGUCCCGACUCCGAAAAGUGCUAACAGUGAAUGAUGUGUCCGAAGAUGAAAAUGGAUUGAAGAAACUAAUUGAAGCCGAGUGUUAUAAUGCUGCUGUAAAUCUUACAAAGCGACUUCUCAAAACUCAUGGUCAGGGACCAGGUGAUGAUGGUAAACCAAGUAAAAACACACCUUUUACUUUAAGGCUGUGGCAUACUCGACUCGCUCUAUUGGUUAAACUACGGAAAUUUUCUCUGGCGGAAAUUGAAAGUGCUGCUUUUGGGGAUUUGGAUCGUCCAGAUUUGUACUAUGAAUUUUAUCCAGAUUUAUAUGAGGGAAAGAGAGGCAGCAUGGUUCCAUUUUCUUUUCGACUUUUACUAGCAGAGUUACCUCAAUACCUGGGAAAUCAUCAAGUCGCCUUAGAUAACAUGUAUUCUGUUUUAAAUAUCGUUCAAAAAAUAAUAAAAAAUGUAAAAAAUGGCUGUGCUGAAGACGGAAGCAUGAUUAACAUGUCAGAAUCAAGACGAAAAGCUUCAUUAGACAUUUGGUGCAAUAGAGAGCAAAGGGUUUUGUAUUCUAUUUUGAAUGGCGUUCUUGCACAGAAAGAUUUUGUGUUGGCAGUUUCUGUUGCCAAAACUUUAAUAGAAAAAAGUGAAAACAAAAUUCCAGAACUUCACUCUGCGUUAGGAAGAAUAUACUUGCAGCUUGGAGAUGUACAAUAUGCCCAAGACUGUUUCACUACAGCCACAACAAUUUCUCAAGAUCCACAGUUUGCAGUGGAAGACAAUAUUAAUAAAGCGUUGUUAGCAGUAGCCCUUAAUAAUAGCGAAGAAGCCUAUAAAUAUUAUCAACAUGCUUAUGCAUUGUGUCCAGAUAAUGCAAUGCUAGCAAAUAAUAUGGCCGUGUGUUUAUUAUACAUGGGUCGUUUAAAGGAGUCCUUAACCCUGCUAGAAGAAACAAUUUAUUCAAAUCCUGCAUCCUGUUUGCACGAUGGUAUUCUCUUCAACACCUGCACCUUAUAUGAGUUGGAAUCAUCUCUGUGUACUCAGAAGAAGAUAUCCAUGUUGGAAUUAGUCUCCAAAUACGCUGGCGAUUCAUUCAAUGUAUCCUGCUUGAAAAUUCAAUUGGUGUCAAAAGCGUGACCGACUUGAUCGACACAAUUAUAAAUUUUCAAAUUUAUUUUGUACAUAUCAAUUUUUUGUUAC